AUGGAAGCUUUCAUGAACAGCAACAACAUCGAGACCAACGGCUCCUGGGCCGGUGCCCUCCCCGUCAAGCAGGGUCUCUAUGACCCCGUGAACGAGAAGGACUCUUGCGGUGUCGGUUUUAUCGCCAACAUCAAAGGAGAGCACUCCCAUCGCAUCCUCAAGGACGCCUCCAACAUUCUCUGCAACAUGACUCAUCGUGGCGCUACCUCUGCCGACCCCCGGGACGGUGAUGGUGCCGGUGUCAUGACCGGUAUGCCCCACACCUUCAUGGUCGAGGAGGCCUCACGCCUCAACAUCAUCCUCCCCGGCCAGGGCGAGUACGCCGUCGGUAACGUUUUCCUCCGCCCCGACGAGCCCCACGUCCACGAGCAAAAGUCGACCUUCGAGUCCAUUGCCCAGCAGCUCGGCCUCAAGGUCCUCGGCUGGCGUGCCGUCCCCGUUGACAACUCCAUCCUCGGACCCUCUGCAAAGUCAAAGGAGCCCUCGAUCCAACAACCAUUUGUCGUUCUUGACUCUGCUGUCCAUGCAAAGUUCGACAACAAGCUCUUCAACCGUCAGUUAUAUAUCUUGAGAAAGCAGGCCACCCACGCCAUCACUCUCAAGAACUGGUUCUACAUCUGCUCGCUCUCCAACCAGAACAUUGUCUACAAGGGUCAGCUCUCGCCCGUCCAGGUCUACGACUUCUUCUAUGAUCUCCAGAACCACAAGUACGCCACCCACUUUGCCUUGGUCCACUCUCGUUUCUCGACCAACACCUUCCCCUCCUGGGAUCGUGCUCAGCCUAUGCGAUGGGCUGCUCACAACGGUGAGAUUAACACUCUUCGUGGUAACAAGAACUGGAUGAGGGCUCGCGAGGGUGUCAUGUCCUCCGACUACUUUGGCUCCGAUCUCCAGAAGCUCUUCCCCAUCAUCGAGGAGGGCGGUUCCGACUCCUCGGCCUUCGACAACGUCCUCGAGUUGCUCGUCGUCAACGGCGUCCUCACCCUCCCCGAGGCCGUCAUGAUGAUGUUGCCCGAAGCUUGGCAGUCAAACGCCAACAUCGAGCCCGAGAAGAGGGCCUGGUACGAGUGGGCUGCCUGUCUUAUGGAGCCCUACGACGGUCCUGCCUUGAUGACCUUCUCUGACGGACGUUACUGCGGUGCUUCCUUGGACAGAAACGGUCUUCGUCCUUGCCGUUUCUACAAGACCACCGACGGUCUCAUGAUCUGCGCCUCCGAGGUUGGAACCAUGAACAUUGCCCCCGAGCGCAUUCUCGAGAAGGGUCGUCUCCAGCCUGGAAAGAUGCUCUUGGUUGAUACCUUGGAGGGUCGUGUUGUCGAUGAUCGCGAGUUGAAGCUCUCGAUCGCUGCCCGCCACAACUUCCGCCAGUGGGUCGACACCCAGAUGUUGUCGAUUGAUGAUGCUCUCGCCAACGCCCCCAACUUCGACAUGGUCGCCUCGAUCGACAGCCUCCCCUUGACUCAGGAUCCACGCCUUCCUGCCUUCAAGUUCACCAUUGAGCAACUCAAUCUUCUCCUUCUCCCCAUGAUCACCGACGGGAAGGAGGCCUUGGGCUCCAUGGGUAACGAUGCCCCUCUUGCCUGUCUCUCGACCGAGCCCCAGAUUGUCUUUGACUACUUCCGCCAGUUGUUCGCCCAGGUCACCAACCCUCCCAUUGAUCCCAUUCGUGAAGAGAUUGUCAUGAGCUUGGAGUGCUAUGUCGGACCUGAGGGCAACCUUUUGGAGAUGAACGCCGCCCAGUGCCACAAGUUGAAGCUCCCUACCCCCGUCCUCACCUUGAGCGAGAUGGAGGCCAUUAAGAACUUUGACAUCACCCGUGCUGACUGGACCACUCGUAUCAUCGACAUCACUUUCGCCAAGAGCGAGGGACCUGCUGGGUACCUUCCUUGCCUCGAUCGUAUCUGCUCCGAGGUUACUGCUGCAAUUGAGGAUGGCGUCAAGAUUGUUAUCCUCUCUGAUCGCGGUGCCUCUGCUGACCGUGUUGCCAUCUCUUCGUUGAUUGCCACCGGUGGUGUCCACCACUUCCUUGUCAGCGAGAAGAAACGUUCCCGUGUUGCCAUUGCUGUCGAGACUGCCGAGGCCCGCGAGGUCCAUCAUGUCUGUGUCCUCCUCGGAUACGGUGCCGAUAUGAUCUGUCCUUACCUUGCUCAGGAGGCCAUUCUCAAGCUUCACCGUGAGAACGCCAUCCGCUCCGAGUCCGGCCCUGAGAAGCUCAUUAAGAACUACGUCAAGGCCACCAGCAACGGAAUCUUGAAGGUCAUGUCCAAGAUGGGUAUCUCCACCCUCCAGUCCUACAAGGGUGCCCAGAUCUUCGAGGCCCUCGGUCUCGACGAGCCCGUUAUUGCUCGCUCCUUUGCCGGUACCGCCUCCAGAAUCAAGGGUGUCGGUUUUGAGCUCUUGGCCUUGGAUGCUUUUGCCCUCCAUGAGCGUGCCUGGCCCUCGCGUGAGACUGUUGCUGUUGAGGGUAUCAUCGAGUCUGGUGACUACCACUGGCGCAACGGAGCCAUCCCCCACAUCAACGACCCCGAUGGUAUUGCUAACCUCCAGGAUGCUGUCCGCCGCAAGAACGACAACGCCUACGAGGCCUACUCCCGCAACGCCUUUGAGCAGAUCAAGUCCUGCACCCUCCGUGGUAUGCUCGAGUUUGACUUCACAAAGUCGAACCCCAUCCCUGUUGAUGAAGUUGAGCCCUGGACCGAGAUUUGCAAGCGCUUCUGCACUGGUGCUAUGAGUUACGGAUCGAUCUCGAUGGAGGCCCACUCGACGCUUUCGGUUGCCAUGAACCGCAUCGGAGGCAAGUCCAACUCUGGAGAAGGUGGAGAGGAUCCUGCCCGUUCGACCCCCAAGGCGAACGGCGACUCGCUCCGUUCGUCAAUCAAGCAAAUUGCCUCGGGACGUUUCGGUGUGACCUCGUACUACCUCUCUGACGCCGAAGAGAUCCAGAUCAAGAUGGCCCAGGGAGCCAAGCCCGGUGAGGGCGGUGAAUUGCCAGGACACAAGGUUUCUGAGGAGAUCGGCAAGACGCGUCAUUCGACUCCCGGUGUCGGCCUCAUCUCGCCCCCUCCUCACCACGAUAUCUACUCUAUUGAGGAUCUGAAGCAGCUGAUCUACGACGCGAAGGCUGCCAACCCUCGCGCUAGAAUCUCUGUCAAGCUCGUCUCCGAGGUCGGUGUCGGUGUCAUUGCCUCCGGUGUCGCCAAGGCCAAGGCCGACCACAUCCUCAUCUCUGGUCACGAUGGUGGUACCGGUGCCUCCCGCUGGACCGGUAUCAAGUACGCUGGUCUUCCCUGGGAGCUCGGUCUUGCCGAGUCUCACCAGACCCUGGUCCUCAACGACCUCCGUGGACGUGUCGUCGUCCAGACUGAUGGUCAGAUCCGUACCGGCCGCGAUGUCGCCAUUGCGUGUUUGCUCGGUGCUGAGGAGUGGGGUUUCGCUACUACUCCCUUGAUUGCCCUCGGAUGCACCAUGAUGCGCAAGUGCCACUUGAACACCUGCCCCGUCGGUAUUGCCACCCAGGACCCUUACCUCCGUGACAAGUUUGCUGGAUCGCCCGAACACGUUAUUAACUUCUUCUACUAUGUUGCCGAGGAGUUGCGUACCAUCAUGGCCAAGCUUGGAUUCCGUACCAUCAACGAGAUGGUUGGUCGCACUGAUGUCUUGAUGGUCGAUGAGACCCGUCGCAACCCCAAGACUGCCAACAUUGACUUGUCGCCCAUCCUCACCCCUGCCUUCACCCUCCGCCCCGGCGCAGCCACCUUCAAUGUCCGCAAGCAGGAACACAUGCACCACACUCGUCUGGAUAACAAGUUCAUCAGCGAGGCUCAGGAUGCUUUGAACACUGGCAAGCGUGUCGAGCUCGAGGGUCGCGUCGUCAACACCGAUCGUGCUCUUGGAACUACUAUCUCUUACCACGUCUCCAGCAAGUAUGGCGAGAACGGUCUUCCCGACGACACCAUCCACAUCAACCUCAAGGGCUCUGCUGGUCAGUCUCUCGGAGCCUGGUUGGCUCCCGGUGUCACCAUCGAGCUUGAGGGUGACUCGAACGAUUACGUUGGAAAGGGUCUUUCAGGUGGUCGCCUGAUUGUCUACCCUCCCAAGGUCUCGUCCUUCAAGAGCGAGGAGAACGUCAUUAUCGGAAACACCUGCUUGUACGGAGCUACCAGCGGAAAGGCCUUCUUCAGCGGUAUUGCUGCCGAGCGUUUCGCUGUCCGUAACUCAGGUGCCACUACCGUCGUUGAGGGUACCGGUGAUCACGGAUGCGAGUACAUGACUGGUGGUCGUGUUAUCGUCCUCGGUUCGACUGGUCGCAACUUUGCUGCCGGUAUGUCUGGCGGUAUCGCCUACGUUUUGGAUGUUGCUGGUGACUUCAAGUCCAAGGUCAACAUGGAGAUGGUUGAGUUUGAGACCGUCAACGACCACGAGGAGAUUGCCUGGUUCAAGGAUACCCUCGAGGACCACCGUCACUACACCGGCUCGGCUAUUGCUGACCGCAUCCUCAAGAACAUGAGCGAGUACUUGCCCAAGGUCGUCAAGGUCAUGCCUACUGACUACCGCAAAGUCUUGGAGGCCCAGCGCACUGCCAAGCUCGCUGCUGCUACCCAGAAGACUGAGGUCGUCCCCCCCGUCUUGACUGCCGCCCCCCUGGCUGCCAAGCCCAAGCCCAACGAACCCGCCCUGGUCGAUUUGGAGGACUCGAUGGUCGACUCUGAGACGUACAAGAAGCGUAGCGAGAUGGUCGACAAGCUCCGUGGCUUCAUGAAGUACAAGCGUCGCGGAGAUGCUUACCGCAACCCCAAGAAGCGCACCAAGGACUACAAGGAGAUCUCUGCCCGUCUCUCUGACGGCGAGCUCCAGGUCCAGGCUGCCCGCUGCAUGGACUGCGGUGUUCCAUUCUGCCAGUCCAACACCACCGGAUGCCCCAUUGGAAACAUCAUCCCCAAGUGGAACGACCUCGUCUUCAAGAACCAGUGGGAGGAGGCUCUCAACCGUCUCUUGAUGACCAACAACUUCCCCGAGUUCACCGGUCGUGUCUGCCCCGCCCCCUGCGAGGGCUCCUGUGUCCUUGGUAUCAACGAGCUGCCCGUUGCUAUCAAGUCGAUCGAGUGCGCCAUCAUUGACCGUGGUUUCGAGAUGGGCUGGAUGAAACCUCGCCCUCCCACCGUCCGCACUGGUAAGAGGGUCGCCGUCAUUGGUUCUGGCCCUGCUGGUUUGGCUGCCGCUGACCAGUUGAACAAAGCUGGUCACUUGGUCACCGUCUACGACCGCAACGACCGCUUCGGAGGUCUCUUGAUGUACGGUAUCCCCAACAUGAAGCUCGACAAGGGCAUUGUCCAGCGCCGUGUCGACCUCAUGGCUGCCGAGGGCAUCAACUUUGUCCCCAACGCCCACGUCGGAGUCACCACCGACGUCAACGACAUUCGCAACCAGAACGAUGCCCUCAUCCUCGCCACCGGAGCCACCUGGCCUCGUGAUCUCCCCAUCGCCAACCGCAACUUGGACGGUAUCCACUUCGCCAUGGAGUUCUUGCAGCUCAACACCCAGUCCCUCCUCGACUCAGAGCUGAGCGACGGCAAGUACAUCUCUGCCAAGGGCAAGCACGUUGUUGUCAUUGGUGGAGGAGACACCGGAUGCGACUGCAUUGCCACCUCCCUCCGCCACGGCGCCGCCUCGAUCGUCAACUUUGAGUUGCUCCCCCAGCCUCCAGCAACCCGUGCCAAGGAUAACCCCUGGCCCCAGUUCCCCCGUGUCUUCAAGCAAGACUACGGUCACUCUGAGGUCCAGUCCCACUUUGGAAAGGAUCCCCGCGAGUACUCGAUCGUCACCAAGGAGUUCGUCUCGGACGGCAACGGCAAGGUCAAGGGCCUCAACACCAUCCGCGUCGAGUGGACGCAGGACGCCUCGGGUCGCUGGUCGAUGAAGGAGAUGGCUGGAACUGAGCAAUACUUCCAGGCUGAUUUGGUCCUCCUCUCCAUGGGUUUCAUGGGCCCAGAGGCCGAGCUCCUCAAGGCCGUCGGCGUCAAGCUCGAUGGUCGUUCCAACAUCGAGACCCCCAAGUCCAGCUACCAGACCAGCGUCGGCAACGUCUUUGCUGCUGGUGAUGCCCGUCGCGGUCAGUCCUUGAUCGUCUGGGGUAUUAACGAGGGUCGUCAGUGCGCCCGUGAGGUUGACGAGUACUUGGUCGGAAACACCCUCUUGCCCGUCACCGGUGGUCUCCAAGCCCGCUCCUUGAAGAGCUUAACCUUCCCACAACCUGCUGCCGCCGCCGCCUCCAUCUAA